GGCGGGGCUCCGGCCGGCGGGGCGCGGCCGGCGUGCGGGGCUCCUCCCCUUUCCUCCGGCGGCGCCGACGGCAGCAGCACUUCCGGGUCGGCGCGGAGGCCGGGCGGAGGCGCAGCGGCGGCUGUUAUUGUUCGGCUGGGCUCGGACGGGCGCUGUGUCUCUCGACUCCGCGGUUGUCAGUUUGUCCGGCAUCCUCUCGGCCCCUCACUCCCGGCAGCUGACGGCGGCGGUGGCGGCGGCGGGCGGGGCCUGGCGUUUCGAGGCUGAGCAGCGCGGGGGUGAGGGGCGCGGAGGAGGAGCAGUAGCCGGAGGAGGAGCCGUGUGCCCUGGCACUGAGCGGCCGCGGCCAUGGCGUACGCCUAUCUCUUCAAGUACAUCAUCAUUGGCGACACAGGUGUUGGUAAAUCAUGCUUAUUGCUACAGUUUACAGACAAGAGGUUUCAGCCAGUGCACGACCUUACUAUUGGCGUAGAAUUUGGUGCUCGAAUGAUAACUAUCGAUGGGAAACAGAUAAAACUUCAGAUUUGGGAUACGGCAGGGCAAGAGUCAUUUCGUUCCAUUACAAGGUCAUACUACAGAGGUGCAGCAGGGGCUUUACUAGUGUAUGAUAUUACAAGGAGAGAUACAUUCAACCAUUUGACAACCUGGUUAGAAGAUGCUCGCCAGCAUUCCAAUUCCAACAUGGUUAUUAUGCUUAUUGGAAAUAAAAGUGAUUUAGAAUCUAGAAGAGAAGUAAAAAAAGAAGAAGGCGAAGCUUUUGCACGAGAACAUGGACUUAUCUUCAUGGAAACUUCUGCUAAGACUGCUUCCAAUGUAGAAGAGGCAUUUAUAAAUACAGCAAAAGAAAUUUAUGAAAAAAUCCAAGAAGGAGUCUUUGACAUUAAUAAUGAGGCAAAUGGCAUUAAAAUUGGCCCCCAGCAUGCUGCUACUAAUGCGACACAUGCAUGCAAUCAGGGAGGACAGCAGGCCGGGGGAGGCUGCUGUUGAGUCUGUGCUACUCUGGCUGCCCAGACGGGGCCUGCUCACCUACUCGUUCACCCUCUCUCUUCCUGCUCAGCUGAGACAUGAAACUGUUUGAAAUGGCUUUAUGUCACAGAAGACUUUAAUCCUUUAAAUUCUUGUAUAACUUUGAAUAAAUGGUUAAUGUUCACUUAAAAGACAGAUUUUGGAGAUUGUAUUCAUAUCUAUUUGCAUUUGAUUUCUAGGUCAAUGGAUGUGAUUAUUUUUGUUAAAUGUUGUCUUGUGCCCUUAACUACGAGCUGGAUUGUAUUAAACACUACAAAGUCAUCUUGAGUAUUUCAAAUCAGUUUGUGUAGUUAGGUUUCCCAGCACCUGUGGUUACCUAAUGUUUACUAUUAUAGAACUGUCCUCAGAAAGUUUGUCAAUUUUCAAGGCUAUAAAGAAAAGCAGAAGGAAUCUUUUAAUUCUGUAUUUAUCAUUUAUUUUCUGUAUAUAUAGUUUAAUAACCUGCUUGGGUGUAAUUUGCCAAGCUUGAAUUCUUUAAUGCAUUUGCAUAAGUUCUAUACUGUUUAGAGCUUAAAGCUACAGAAGCAUUAUUAGAAAUUGCUUGGACACUGAAUUUUAAACUUUUUGACAUUGUUAACAAGCAUGUUCAUCUUUUCUUGUCACUAGUCCAAGAAAAAUAUGCUUAAUGUACAUUACUAAAGGCUUUGUAUGUGUUAUUAACCUGUUUUAAUGCCAAAAGUUUGCUAUUUGUCCACAAUUUCUUUAAGGCCUCUUCAGAAAAGGAUUUGUUUGCCUUAAUGAUACUGUUGGGAAAAACACAGUAUAAUGAGUGAAAAGGGCGGAAGCAAGAAAUUCCUACAUCUUAGCGACUCCAAGAAGAAUGAGUAUCCACAUUUAGAUGGCACAUUAUGAGGACUUUAAUCUUUCCUUAAACACAAUAAUGUUUUCUUUUUCUUUUAUUCACAUGAUUUCUCAGUAUAUUUUUCAUGCAGGACAGUUUUUCAACCUUGAUGUACAGUGACUGUGUAAAAUUUUCUUUCAGUGGCAACCUCUAUAAUCUUUAAAAUGUGGUAAGCAUCUUGUAUGUUUUGAAGGGGGUAUGACAAUAAAUCUACCAGAUGGAAAAUCCUGUUAAAAAGUAGAAAAGCUUUAGUAAUUUUACUCAGUGUGGUGGUUUUAUCCUUUUUUUCUUUUUCCUCCCUGGUCUAUAAUGAAAUUGUUAAAGCAGUGCAAAAUAAAAUCCUAUGUAUAAAAGUG